AUGAAAUGUGCUGUUUGUUCUUCAGGAGACUUUGACACGGUACAGAGUCCGUCCACACCCAUCAAGGAGCUGGAGGACCGAGCCUGCAGGGGGAGGCUCCAAUCCAGGGGCCGGGGCCGCAAGAACAACCCGUCCCCUCCACCAGACAGCGACCUGGAGAGAGUGUUUGUGUGGGAUCUGGAUGAAACCAUCAUCGUCUUCCAUUCUCUGCUCACUGGUUCCUACGCUCAGAAGUAUGGGAAGGACCCUCCCAUGGCGGUGACGCUGGGCCUGAGGAUGGAGGAGAUGAUCUUCAACCUGGCCGACACGCAUUUAUUCUUCAACGACCUGGAGGAAUGUGAUCAGGUCCAUAUUGAUGAUGUGUCAUCAGACGACAACGGCCAGGACUUAAGUACUUACAGUUUUGCGACUGAUGGCUUCCAUGAAGCUGCGACCAGCGCCAACCUCUGCCUGGCCACGGGGGUCCGAGGAGGGGUGGACUGGAUGAGGAAACUGGCCUUCCGCUAUCGACGGGUCAAAGAGCUGUACAGCUCCUACAAGAACAACGUGGGCGGUCUGCUGGGUCCGGCUAAGAGGGACGCCUGGCUGCAGCUCAGAGCAGAAGUAGAAGCUCUGACCGACUCCUGGCUCACCCACGCUCUGAAGUCCCUGUCCAUCAUCAGCUCCAGGAGUAACUGUGUCAAUGUGUUGGUGACGACGACGCAGCUCAUCCCAGCUCUGGCUAAGGUUCUCCUGUACAGUCUGGGUUCCGUGUUUCCCAUCGAGAACAUCUACAGCGCAACAAAAAUAGGAAAAGAGAGUUGCUUUGAGCGCAUAAUGCAAAGGUUUGGCAGGAAAGUAGUGUAUGUAGUGGUGGGUGACGGUGUGGAAGAGGAGCAGGCGGCCAAAAAGCACAACAUGCCGUUCUGGAGGAUAUCCAGCCACUCGGACCUGCUGGCGCUGCACCAGGCCCUGGAGUUCGAGUACCUGUAACCGUGGUAACCGUGGUAACCGUGACGACAGCAGGACUCGGGGAACGGAGCUUUUUUCUACGACUAUUUAAGAACAAACUGCAGCUUUCUGUCUGUUUUCUGUCUUUUUUUUUCUGAAUGUCUGGAUUUACAAACUCUGAACGGUCUUAAAGAGGACGUCCUGGUCAUGGUCCUGGAGUUCUGACUCCCAAAAGACUCGGAGGACUUGGCUGAACUCAGAGGAUUCGACUGAUGGACUCAUAAGACUCAGCUGAAUUCUGAAGACUCAUCUGAUGAACUUGGAGGACUCGUCUGGACACUGAGGAGUCGUCUGAAGAACUCUGAGGACUUGGAGUACUCGUCUGAACUGGUCCUGCUGGUCCGUCUCUGUACGGAGCUCCUCCUGUAUCUGGGCUGGUGUUUCUUCCUGCUGGACUCUGAGGACUUUGAUGAACUCUGAAGACUUUGAACUCUGAGGACUGGUCUGGACUUGGAGGACUGGUCUGGACUUGGAGGACUGGUCUGAAGCUCCUCCUGUACCUGGACUGGUGUUUCUUCCUCUGAACUUUGUGUAAAUUAUUUCCUGACGGACGGUGGAGGAAGCUUUAGGAGGACGUUGUUGUUUUUGUUAAUUUGAGGUUUUUCUAUUUGGUUUUCUCUAAGGAGCAGGUGGAGGAUGGAGAUGUGACGUGUUGUGCCUUAAUGUGUUUGAAUGUUUUUCUUUAAUCUGUCUGUAGAUAUAAAGGAGGAAUCCAACACCACA